AUGGAUCCCUCUGCUAUACCAUGCCCGAGCCAUAGCAGUGGCACCCAAGGCCUCACACUCACGCCAGAAAAUACAUACAUUCACUGCGGCCCGUCCCGCACAAACACCCCACCCCAUAUAAACAACUCAAAUUACUCUCACAGCCCUCUUACACCAUACACGCCUCACACACCAGCAAGCACAGCUCCGAACACUUGCACUGUCGACGAGCCACUGUAUACCAGAGUAGCCGUACACACGGCCAAGUGUACCGAGUGCGACAAACGCAACAUGGAUACCAUGCGGCGUUGCCCCGGCUGCACCUUUCAGGUCUGCCAGCCAUGCUAUGAGAAGCGCCAACGUCAAGGUAAGGGACUUGUCCACGGCAACAUGCCAUCCCCCGAGGAGACUGGAGCUGCAACUCCUGGUGGUACUGGAGCGAGGGCAUCGAGGAAGAAGCCAGUAGGUAGUGCGGCCAAGGCCAAGAGUUCCGAGAAGGAGGUCGACGAGGACGACUCGGAAGAGUGUGCAAACGGUGCCAUCAAGGGAGGCAAGCACACUCCAUCUGUACCCAAGUCGAAGGCAGGCAAGCGGUCGCGCGGCCGCUCUUGCGUUAAGGAUAGUGAGGCAGAAGACUCGUCCGAGGGCGAGCUCGACCACGCAUCUCACACUCCCAGUAAACGCCACCAGACCCUCUCCUUUGCAGAGAGUGCUCUCGCGACCGCCACCAGAGCACCCCCAACCACUCGUGCUGCUGCUCUUCGAUCCAACCCAAGUAUAGCGUCCCGAGCGCCUCCAACCCUACAGUCAGAGACUGUGGCACACCGGGUCCCAGUCACUCACUCGCGCGAAGAUUUUCCCUACGACGAUAUCUUGUAUCAAAACUGCGUCGUUGACUACGACGAGCCGCUGCUAGCCCGCUGCGAGCCCGUUGCACACAACCCUGCCGCACGAAUCCCAGCUAUCAUCCAGCGAGGCGGCCGCCGUCGACCCACAGCCGACGAGAUCUGUCAGAACAUCCAGAGAAAGGUUCGCGAAAAGCUGGAGAGGAUGCAAGCUGAGAAGUCGGUUGCCGGCGCUGAAGCGUCCAGUGUACCCGCUUCAUACCAAGCGCCAGACUACAAGACCGCCGUCACUGUCCUCCAAUUCGUCGAGAGGGAAGCGAAGAGGCACCAAGACGCCAAUAACCUUAGCGAAGACGAUGCCAAAGCCCUGUUCCGUAUCAUGCAGGUUGAAGCAAUCAGCUGGGGCAAGAAGACGUUUAAGAAACAGGAAUAUGGGAUGCGGCGUCUGCUGCUUCCGGGCUUGAACCUUCGUCUUGAUAGGAUCCCCAGCAAGUACACUGUCGAACUGCGCGUCUUGAUGGAUGGGGUCGCGGAGCACGCGUUGCAUGAGUUGGAUGAAGCUGCGACUUUGUCUGCGACCUCGCCGCCCCCUCCGUCCGGCUGA